ACAGGUCGCGCUACUGCGCAUACAGCACUUGCGUUUCACACAUUGUGGAAAUUGUUGCAAAUUUUCCGUUGUUUUUCUUGAACCUAGUGUGAUAUAAUUACUAAAAAUGGGCAAUGAACCGACGAAAGUAGAGGUCAAGGCGGAGGAGAAAAAGAAAUUAAAACCUUGCUGCGCUUGCCCUGAAACAAAGAAAGCGAGGGACACAUGUAUAAUAGAAAAAGGCGAGGAAAAUUGCGGCGAUCUUAUAGAAGCGCACAAAGUUUGUAUGAGAUCUAUGGGAUUUAAUAUAUAAAAUACAAUGUGAGAAGGAAGAUUAUAUUACCGUGCAAGGAUCCCGCCAUGAAGAACAAAGAAUCUUGACAACACUCAGGUGAUAGGCAUUUUGAUGUUUACGUAAUGCCUUUGUACAUUACUCCUAGAAUUUGUAGAGAUAGUAUUGUUUGCAUCAAACUAAAUGAGUUCCUCAUAAUGUAGAUAAAUUCAUAUUUUUUGUUGCUCUUCUGUCUGUGACACAACAAGAUUGUAAAGCAGAUUAUUGAUAAAGUUUAUUACUAAUAAAAAAUAAAAUUUAUAUAAUUAAUUA